AUGUCAAAUUUAAAUCGAAAAUAUAAGAAAGAAUCUUGUCGAACGCUAUUAGGUUUUCUUCGAUGUCUUGCUGGACAACGAACACAAAUUGAUAUUUACGGUGGUAUUAUGCUUGUCGGUGUACUUGUUGACAUUGAUGUUAACCAUAACAUUCAAUUAUCACAAGUAACAAUGUCUCGGCCACUACAACGACCAAUAUCCUUUACUCGUUUAUGCAUUCGAUAUUCAAAUGUUCGUUAUAUUCGUGUCCCCGACGAAAUCGAUGUCAUCGAAACCAUUCGACAAGAUCUGAGAAAGAUGAAUCCAAAACCAAGUGAAAUCUUCGGUGGAGGACAGAAGAAAAUGCACGUGAGAAAAGGAAGAGAAUACGAAAAGAAUUUACCACCACUUAGACCUGAUAAUUAUCAUUAUUGA